UUCAAAUAUAAAAAUAAAUUUAAAGGUUAGUAUUUUUCUCUUCAUUUCAAGCAGAUAUAAGCAAAAUAUUCACGUAAAAGCAGAAUAUUCAAGCAAAUGUCAACUAAAAUUUAUUUUUAAUUUGAAAAAUGGCUUAUAAUUUUAAAUCGGAAAGUGAAGUUAAAGACUAUAUUAACAAUUUAGGAAUUGAAUACAGAUUUGGAUGUUACAGUGAAAAGAAACCUGAAGUUUGUCACCUACUGGCUGAUUUUCUCGAAUCAAUAAAAAAAGAUUAUGAAAAAGCAGGAAAAGUUUACCGAACAAACUGCGAUGAUUAUAAAUAUGGCAAAAGUUGCUUGAAGUAUGGGACCUACAGUUUGUUGGGAAAAGGUUCAAAAAUAUCUAAUUUUAAAUUGGCUUAUGAUUAUUUCGAGAAGGGAUGCAAUUUGGCCGAACCUGAUUCGUGCUUAAAUCAAGGAUUACUUUUAAUAACCAAAAAUGAAAAAGCUGAAAUAAAGCAAGAUAUUUUAAAGGGUAUGAAAUUGCUGGAAAAGUCUUGUAACCACGAAAAUGGCAAUGCAUGCUACUAUUUAUCAGGAAUGUACAUAGUUGGUGUAAAGAAAGACAAUGUUGUAGGUACUCUUAAUCAAAAGGAUUACAACCCAGAAGACUAUCAAGUACAAAAGAAUAUGAAGAAGGCAUUUGAAUUUGCUGUGAAAGGUUGUAAUUUAGGGAAUAUGUAUAGUUGUGCAAAUUUAGGACAAAUGUAUGCAAAAGGGGAGGGAGUUGAGAAAAAUGAAAAAUUAGCCAAUGAGUACAAAACCAAAGCUGCAGAGUUACAAAAAGAUGCCCAAAGCAACAAAACACUUACUUUCCAAGAAGGGUUGAAUACAACAUAAGAUUUCAAAUUAGUCAAAAACUGUUUUUAGUCUGUUACAGUAAAAAUAUUCAGUGUACAUAAAUAAAACAAAUAAAUUAAUAUUAUCGAACUAGUUUAUUUUCAUA